AUGUUCCCAGAGGGGGUUGCCGAGGUCUUUCUCUCUCCCUUCCUUGUUCUUCCUUCUCAGAAACCCGCUCCUGCCAAGGCAGAGCCGAAGCCAAAAAAGCUAGCGGCAAAGGAUAAAUCUGAGGACAAGAAAGCUCAAUCAAAGGGGAAAAAGGGGCCUAAAGGAAAACAGACAGAAGAGACAAACCAAGAACAGACGAAGGACAACUUGCCUGCAGAAAAUGGGGAAGCUAAAAGUGAGGAGACCCCAGCAUCUGAUGCGGCAGUAGAGAAAGAAGCUAAGCCUGAGUAACGUCUGGUACCAAGUCUUUAAUUGGUGGUCCUUAUACCUUUCUUCUUGUACAAUGCAGAGGAAUAUUUUUAUCAACUAUUUUGUAAAUGCAAGUUUUUUAGUAGUUCUAGAAAACACAUUUUUAAAAAGGAGAGAAUCCCAACUCAACCCUUUUUUUUACAUAUUUAGAUAAGUGUAAAUGCUUUUUUUAAGUGGUAAAAUCAUGUACUGGUUGUCUGUUUUCUAUGAAACCAGAAAUUAAAGGCAUGUUACGUAAAGGAGAGGGCUUUGAAGCCUUGAUUAGGCUUCACGUUCCAGAGACUGUGAGGGACAGUUUUUCUACCCUAUUAAAUGAAGCAUAACACAGAUCAGACUUUGGAAUUCAUAACAAUAUGUUGAGAAUGUCUUAACGUUUUAGUUAUUUAUCUUUAUCUGUGGUUGUACCAUCAGUAGAAUUGCUUAUCUAAUAAAACUGCUCCCUAGUGUUGGAUUCCCUGGUGAGUGAUGUAUAUCUGUGACAGUUAUUUUUGGUAGUUGCAGCUUUUAUUUUUUUCCAACAACUUUGUAGCUGUGAUGCAAAAGAUUGGAAAGUGUUAUUACAUCUUUAAAUACUGACUAAGCAAAAGUUUCUGCUUGGCAGACAUAACUUGUUGUAUCAAUGUUCAAGAUACUGGAACGUCGCAUCCAGUUCUAAAGAACAGCUUGUCUACAAGGAUCAAACAAAAAAUAUUUGAAACAGUCUUAGGAAAAAAAGAAAAAGAAUUAUAGUUUUUAGAUUUUAAAAACUAUGUGAAUAAAAACAAUUGUAAAAUUGUUCAUAGUGUCUGUGAUCACCAAAUGAAAGCCAAAUAAAUCUUGAUUAUGAAAGGAUGUUUCUGUAGCUCCUGCAUCGACUAUGACAAGUCACAACCUAAGUGGUGUAAGUUUUGAUUCUUAAUCAUGUUCUUAAUAUUGUUCAAAAGGUACUUUUCAAGAGAUAGGUAGUCGUGCAGGGAGUGAGUAGCAAGGAGAGAACUGUAGUUGCAGUCUCAAUCUGGGCUUCCAGUUUGAAAGCCAAUAGCCUAGUGCUGCUUCUGCUACCUUAAAAAAAAAAAAAAGUCACUAUUCAGUAAGCAUCAGGUUUUUCAUCUGUUCAGCACCGAAGAGUUUGCAUAGGCACUCGUGUGUAAAUAACUGCUGUAAGGAAGAUGCACGAAGCAAAACUGAGCGUUAACUGAUGGGAUGGUGUUGCUGUUCUGUUGGAACCAUAUUGGGAUUUCCCCAAAUCCUGGUUUAACAUUAAUAAAGCUUCCUAUAUUUGGGGAAAAAUAGGCUGUGAACUUCCCCAGGUAGCUGAAUUCAUGUAAUGGAGGAUCGAUGGGUGGCCUUUGAUGCCAUCCACAGAGGAUGAGCCGUCGAACAGCCUGGGCAGGAGCAGGGCGGGAAGCACAAGGAAACUUCCCUUUUGGUGCUGGUGAGCUGUUGGGUGUGAGCUUAACGUGCUGUGAGCGAGCAUCCCCGCUGUGUAAGGUUGCAGGUUGACAGGGCGUCGUUUCAAAUAAAACGAGCCCAUGCUGAGAGCUAAUUCACGUAGUACAAAACUGCCCUGAUUCUCCCUUCCUGGAUUUGAGAAAAUGAAAUCAAUCUCGUUGAAGAUUUAACAGCCUUUCAUCAGAAGGGGGCAUAUUAAGUACCUAUUACUUAACCUUAAAAUAAAAAGUCAAAUCUAGUACAGCAUUACUUCAAUUGUCCCACAGAGCACAGGGUUGGUUUGGGUUUUUUUUUUCUCCCCAUUUCACAUUGUUUUGCUGAAUUGCAGCAGGUAGCAGCAUUGUUUUAUCUUACCAGUCUAUUUGAUGCCAGUCAGACAAAUGUCAACCUUGUCUUGGGAGAAGUUGAGAUCAAAAAGUAACGUUCAUUCUGUUUCUUCCCCCCUCCUCCCCCCCUUGACUGAGAACUUGUUUAUGCUCUUAAGUAACACCUGCAAGCACAGUGUCUGCUUCCUGUACGUUUUUGGUGCCUUUUUCAAAUUGUCAUACAGUUAUUUCUCAAAACCACUUCAGUUCUACCUCUAACUUAUUUUCUUAAACAAUGCUUUCAUUUGAGAUCGGAUUUUGCCAUUUUUACCUCUUCAAUAUUUAAGCAAUGUUUACCUUUUCUUUAGCUUAUACAUAGGAUGUCCUCCAGCACUGGACCACGAUAUCCUUCUGGUCCAGUUCCAUCAUAGGUGUGUUCCUAGCAGAGUGCACCUGGCUUUGGCAGUGGCUUUGGCUUCACGUUCUUGGAUAUUCCAAAAGUGUAAAUUUAUGCCACUUUUUCAAACCCCCUCACCUCCCCCCCCCACUCCAGUUACCUUAUUUGUUGGUUUGAUUUGGUAGUAGCAUGACAGAGCUACAUCACAUUCUCUACUUUCUGUUUUUAGCAAGUCAAAAACACCAGGUAAAUGACUGAUAAACUUGCAGGUAAAUACCCCGAGAUCACCUCUCUUGCAUCCUUUUACUGAAUGCCUACUUUUCACAUGUUUUGAGUCUGUGACGUUGAGAUCCUGUGGACUUCCAACAUCUCCUCUCUAGCAUCUAUUACCCACUGUUUAAUUUGUUGUAACUGCUCCAUAAUGUUUACCCUUAGGGACAAAUAGUUAUUUCUUACAUUAUUAUGGAAGUGAAAGGGUUCAUGGGUAAAUCUCUGGGAGGGGAGAGGAAUUUUCAUGCUGGAAGGAGAGGACAGAGGUAGCUGCAUCAGGAGCACAGGAGCCCUAGAUCUGUUUGGAGCAGCGUGGCCCACUCGAUGCAGUAAUGAAUGGAGCAGGCUUUCCUAAUUAUGUAAAGAAUGCCCAGUAUAUACAUAGGGCGAUCAACGAUGAAUUGGGAUUGAUUCUGCAGUGGACGGAUACCAUUGCCCUUCCCCAUGCAGCAUGAAAUGCCAACACGUAACCAUAAAAACCCAGCAGUUUGGCUGCUGGGAAAAUGAGGGAUUGUAUAUGCUGGCACUAGAUGUCAGUUCUGCCCGUGGAGAAUUGGAGCGGGAGGCAGUUAAAUACUGUCCGACGAGAAUUUCCAUGGGCAUGUUUCAGAAAAAGCGUCCUUUCCUGUGCGGUACCAGAUACAUCGGCGCUGCCCAACUCUGGAACGGAGCGACGGCUCAUGCAGAUUGGCAUACACCCCUGCAGAGUGCAUUCCUAACAGACCCAUCCAUCUCAAAAUACAGCAUGAAGAGAACAACACAGGUUUCUUUUGAAGUUACUCAAUCGUAUUCGUAUGCUGCUACGGGUUGUUCCGGUUAAGAGUGUGCUGUUUCAUACGUGUUCAUGCUGCACCAUUCUGGAAUUCAUUUUUUAGCAUCUGCUAGAUCACUGCUCUUUAAAACGUGAACACAGCCAGGACGCUGAAGCGCAUCCAAGUUUAGCUAAUGAAUGCCAAUUUGUUUGGCAGUGGCGUCUAGAGGAACCCAGGUGGCCUUUAAGAAUGCUGCGGCUCGAGCUUGCAACAAUACCGGAAGCAGAAACCCGUGGAUCUCUUCUUAAGGAGACAUUUUUA